AUGGACACAGUCAGAUUCACUUACAAUUCAUUAUGCAUUGAUUUCCUUUUCAAAGCUACAGAAUGUUGGAAAGAAUUUGUAUGUUCCGACUUUCUUUUAGAUGGAAAGAAAACACUUGAACUAAAAAAAUCAACUGUAAACCAAAAUAUGUCUGAUGAAAAUCAAACCCAGGACACAAUAAUGGAAAGACUAAGAAGAGGUCAUUUCUGGUACUCUGUCCUAGGAGGACUCUGGGAUUUUGAUUAUCAACUAGAAUUUAACCAGGAAAAACAGGAGAGACAAACACCUUUUACUCACCAAAAAACUGAACAGGAGAGAAACAUUAAAGGAAAUAAAUUUGAGGAAAAAUAUCAUCUGAACUCAAAGCCUAUUAUACACCCGAAAAUUCCUUUAAUUAAAAUACCUCUUGACUAUGACACACAAACCAAUAGCAUCAAACAUAAUUCAGAUUUUAUUUAUCAGGGAAACUAUGCAAGAGAAGCCUAUAAAUACCAUGAAUGUGGAAAAAUCUUCAAUGAACAUAUUCUUCUUUCUAAUUAUAUUCACACCAGAGAGAAACCCAUUGAACAUGGAACCCACAACCCGUCUCUUACCCAAACACAGAUAGUCCUUACAGGGGAGAAAACUUAUAAGUGUGAUGAGUGUGGGAAAAGAUUCAGCCAGAGAAUACAUCUUAUUCAACAUCAGAGAAUUCACACAGGGGAAACUUUUAUUUGUGAUGAAUGUGGGAAAGCCUUUCACCAACAUUCCUCCUUCACUUAACCUCUGAGAAUCCAUACUGGAGAGAAGUCCUAUAAGUGUAAUCAAUGUGGCAAAGCCUUCAGCUGUAUCACAUCUCUUACUGAGCAUCAUAGAUGUCAUACUGGAGAGAAACAGUAUGAAUGUAAUUUUUGCAGAAAAGCCUUCAGCCAGAGGACAUAUCAACAUGAAAGAACACAUAUAGGAGAGAAGUCCUAUAAGUGUCAUGAGUAUGGGAAAGCCUUUUGCCAGAUUACUCUCCUUAAUCAACACAGGAAAAUCCAUGUGCAGGAGAAAUUGCAUAAGUACAAAUGUGAGACAGUUCUAAGCCAUAGUCUUUCAUUCAGUGGCACAUAA